AUGGAUGUACUUGGGGUUAACAGGAAGAAUGUCAAGAGAUCACACGCCAAGAGAAGUAAAAAAGGCAUCAAAGUUGUGUACAUAUCUAGCCCUAUGAAAGUCAAUACUAGUGCCUCAGAGUUUAGAGCUCUUGUGCAAGAACUCACCGGAAAAGACUCCGAUGCCACCCGGCUUAUGGACAUUAAUGGUCCUGAAAUUCCUCACCAAAGGUCUGAAUACGAUCGUCAAGUAUCGGUAGUUCCUUCGACGAAUUCGUAUCAAGAUCAAUCACCAUCAGCGACAAGCUCAGAGUCUUUUCUUGAGUCAUUUGAUGGAGAACUUUUCUCAUCCAUGGAAGGGAGUGAUGGGGAGUGCGUGAAUAUUGUUGAAUGGCUUUGA